AUGGUGUACGAUAUCGAUGCAAUAAUUCCCACACAAAAUGCAGCAUUAGCACGAAGUACCACAGCCGGCGUGCCCAUGGGAAUGGAAGCAAUGAAUGCCGCCACAACCAGUGUCCCCACACGACGGAAAUCCUACAGCGUCGAUCCUCACAUUCAAUCAUCCGAUUUGGUGGGUUUAUCGCGCGAAGAACGUCGCCGUAGACGGAGAGCCACACAGAAGUACAGGACAGCUCAUGCCACAAGGGAGAGGAUUCGAGUAGAGGCAUUCAAUGUGGCCUUCUCGGAACUAAGGAAACUUCUACCAACCCUACCACCGGAUAAGAAGCUUUCUAAAAUUGAAAUACUAAAACUCGCCAUAUGCUACAUUGCCUAUUUGAAUCAUGUUCUUGAGACGUAA